AUGAAUAAAUAUUCAGUGUUCAAGAUGUUAAACAAACCAGAAGAUGUGAAGCCAAACAUCUCAUUAUUCAAUGGAUUGAACGAAGUGAAGCCAAACAUGCAGGCUGCUACACAAGGCCUUGAAGUCAGCAAAAGGCCUGUACCUCCUCCGAGUCGACCCUUUCAUGUGGUCAUUGCUCCAGGACGGGCUAGGGAGGUACCGGCUGCUCUUGAGAUUCAGUUUCCAUUGGUGCCAUACUGUCAAACCCCAGGACCCAUCAAAACCUCGCAGGCCUACCUGCGAACCCUUGUAUUAGAGCGCUGGGAUGCAGAGAUUAGACUUUGUGAGGAGACAUGCAGAGCGCAGCUCUCAGAGCACAUACAAGGGCCUGUUGCUCACCAAAAUUUGGUGCAGGAGAUGAUAACUGUGCAUUGGAAUGUAGAGAAAAGGCGGUGUGAAGAGUCGCACAAGGUUCAACUUUUGGAGCUCUUACUUGCAGCUCAUGGCAUUACUACACUGUCUUAG